AAAUCCAUCCGAGAACACCGGCCUGCUGGCGCUUCAAACACACAGCUUCGUUUCUCAAACUGUUUUUUUUUUUUUUAAUUAAACGAUAUCGUAUACCCGUUUGUAAGACGUGGACGAUAAAAAAGUGAGUUAAGUGAUGUUAUUAAUUGAAGGUUAUUUGUUUUUUACGCGCGUGUGAGACUCUUUGUUUGUUAAAUGAACAGGCAUGACGUCAUCAACAAGACCGAGUCCAUUUAAAAUAUAACAAUUAAAUUAAAAGGCGCCGGAAAAUCAAUAAAAAAUCAGCUACUAAACAGAAUCCUGUGUGCUGCCAUGGACAGUGUGGAGAUGGAAUCUGUCCUGAUUAAAGAGGACAUCCCUGGAGUAGAGUUUGAUCACAUGGAACCAGGGAAGGAAGAAUCCGAGGACUUCAAACCAAACAUCCCUGAGCUGGAGGCUGUACGCCUGCGGGAGUGUAGCGUGGUGCUGGAGAGAAUCUGUGUGAGAGAGCAAGGCGCUGGAGAGGAAGGCUCUCCCAACAGCACGCAAGGAGGUGGAAAGGAAGACGGGCGCUCCCAUUCAGAAUGCAGUCUAGCAGGUUCCAGUCCAGCAGCUAAAGCGAGGGCGGGCGCUGGAGAAUAUCCUGAGUGUGGGAAAGGUUUCACCCAGUUAGGGAAUUUUAAAAUGCACCAGCGAACUGACACGAAAGAGAAACCGUAUUGCUGCUCUGACUGUGGAAAGAGUUUCAUUCAGUUAGGAACCCUGAAAGAACACCAGCGAACUCACACAGGAGAGAAACCGUAUCGCUGCUCUGAAUGUGGGAGGAGUUUCAGUCAGUCUGGAUCCCUGAAAGCACACCAGCGAACUCACACAGGAGAGAAACUGUAUCUCUGCUCUGAAUGUGGGAGAAGUUUCAGUCAGCCAGGAACUCUGAAAGCACACCAGCGAACUCACACAGGAGAGAAACCGUAUCGCUGCUCUGACUGUGGGAAGAGUUUCAGUCAGUCAAGCAACCUUAUUUCACACCUGCGAAUUCACAGAGGCGAGAAACCGUAUCACUGCUCUGACUGUGGGAAGAGUUUCAGUCAUUCAAACCACCUUGUUUCACACCAGCUAAUUCACACAGGAGAGAAACCGUAUCUCUGCUCUUACUGUGGGAAGAGUUUCAAUCACUCGAACAAUCUGAAAAAACACCAGCGAACUCACACAGGAGAGAAACCGUUUUGCUGCUCUGACUGUGGGAAGAGUUUCUGUGUUAAACGAGGUCUUCAAAGACACCAGCUAAUUCACACAGGAGAGAAACCGUAUCGCUGCUCUGACUGUGGGAAGAGUUUCAGUCAGUCCGGAAACCUGAAAAGACACCAGCAAAUUCACAGAGGAGAGAAACCUUAAAUACUAUGUUCAAUGGGACGUUUCACUCAUGAGGAAAGAAAAUUUUAACCUUGCAUUAUGAAUCCCUGUGUAAUUACUGUUUUGUGUAUCACUCUAAAGAGCAUGCAUUUUAAAUGGUAAAAAUGCACUUCAUCUCUUUUGCACUCUUAUUGUGUCAAAGUGGGCUAUGUGGGACAUUUUCCCUGUAUAUGAUAAUACAUGAACGUGUAUUAGAAAUGUAACUGGAUUCAUUAAUGAAGCUGUGUGUCUUGAGAAACAGGGCAAACUGCUGAGUCUUUGAGAAGAGGGCCUCUGGCUUGCAGACAUACUGAACUAUGUGACCUACUGAUUAGAGGACCGGCGCCUGAACUGGAUUAGGCUGAGCAGACAGUUGAAUUAUGUACAGAUAAUUCACAUGUGCAACAACAAUUGUUUUGACACAAGAAAGACAUAAACUAGCGAUGUCCCAGUGGAAAAGGGCAUUAAAACAUCAAAGGACUGGGAGUUUAAAAAAGGCAAGAUACACAAAUUAUCUCAUGAAAAUGGCUAGUUAGCAGAGUGAGAAAAACUAUAAAUAUCUAGAAAAUUAAAUAUUUUGCACUCCACAUCAAAUGCUAAACAAGGUGCUGUCACUCUGCUAAGCUAAGCUGCAACUCCGGGACUCUGCCUAUAAACAGAACCAAGAUGGGACUCUGCCUGAAAACAGACCCAAGACGAGGAAGCAAGCUGCAAGAGAGUCAACGACCCCAAGCAACGAGACUGAGACCCGGCUGGAGGACUGCCGUAAAACUUAGAGACUUAUCAGACAAACCAGUCUGGGUCUGCUGUACACCUAAAACCACAGUAUCCAAAAGAAACUGUGCCCUGCUACCUGCGCAGCUAAAGACAGAGCGGCCGGGCGCUGUUGUGGAUCCUAUACCGAGGACUGAAGACUUUGUUGCAGCUGUUUGUUGAUUCUAUCGAGAAUUGAAAGCUUUGUUGCCGAGUUUGAUCUGAUUUGGGGAUUGAAGACUUUGUUGCGGAGAGGAGAGUUUUUGUACUGGACACUUCAACAGAUUUGUGUUUCCAAACCAGCUGACCAAAAGUCUAAGCUUCAAGAAGCCGUUGAGUAUAAUUCCAGUUGCAUUUUCCUUUCAUGGAACUAAAUUAAUUCAUUGUAACACAUUCACAUAGAAUUGAACGGUUAAUUAUUUAGUUUGCACACUUUGCGUGUGAAUUAACUUUUAGUGGAACUUGAUGAAGUAACUAUAAGUAAUCUACCUCAUAUUGUUGUGUGAAGAAUUACUUUAAAAGUAAACUUACCCUACACUUAAUCUAUAUACCAUUAAUAAGCUUAAUGUGAUAUAUUCUAAGAUUGUCUGCAUCAUCUCAGUUGAGGCUGUGUGCUUGGGUUUGGCGUGUGUGUGUGAGCAAGCUACUACGUCACAGCCUGCUUGCUCGCUGGAGUGCGAGGAGACAGGCGGUGUCAUAUUUCAAUUGCCUGCUAGUCAAGUUAAGGCAGUGAGAGUUUUUUUUAAGACAUUUACUUUCUGACUUUUCUGAGUUCUGUUUAUUAUCUGUGUACUAUUGAUUAAACAUUCCUUGUGUCUGCGUGUGAAUGUGUGUUCAUAGUAAGUCCUCGAUCUUUGUAACACGUCAAUUAAAUACUGUUAGUAAGAGAACUAAUCAACCCAGAUAAACAUUAAAUGAUCAGUUAUUGAAUUGUUCCUACAGCGGAGACGCGGACACGUCACAAGAGGCUUCUCUGCUGUCAGUUUAACUCAGGCUGUCAAUGCAGUCAGUGCCUGGGAGCGGGAAUAUGCAGAAAGGAAACUAUUCCGCACCUCAUCUGAUGGACGAGUCAGGAGAAAUUGAUAACUCAGUGUGGGGAAUGAGUUUCAGGGUUUAGCAUUUAAACUGCAUAGACUUGAAAAUAAAUACAUUGAUGGGAACAAGUAUCCCGACCCCGGUAUGUAGCAUCCCAGAGACAAGACUGCACCGUCCUUACUGGACAACCGUCUGGAGGGUUUGUCUUGUAAUUCAUCACGAUUCUAAAACCAAUGAAAAAUGAUAGUGUCCCAUGGCUGUAUUAUAACAUGAAUGGCUGAAUACUGCGUGGCGUGUCGCUUUGCAAUGUGCAUUGUCCAUGCUUCUAUUAGUGCUGCUCUUGUAAACUGCCCUGAGUAAUAGCAGUGUUGCAAGCAUGUGUACGGAUCUUAGGUACAGAAAGUCAAA